GCAAGGUGGGAAUGAAGAGGAUAAAAAGAGAUGAAGGGGAAAUGUUGAUGAAAGGAUAGAAGGAGAACACGUUGAGAGAUGAAGGGGAGACAGAGCGAUGCAAAAGAAACCAAGAUGGAUUACAGUUCCUUCAGUGGAGCCCCAAGGUUCCUGACUCGGCCUAAGGCCUUCAUGGUGUCGGUGGGGAAGGAUGUCACCCUGAGCUGCCAGAUUGUGGGAAACCCCAUCCCACUGGUGAACUGGGAAAAGGAUAAGCUUCCGAUCCAGUCGGGGGGAAGGUUUAAAAUGGUGGAAGAUGGUGAUCUGUACCGGCUAACAAUUUAUGACCUGAGCUUAGAGGACAGUGGUCAGUAUAUCUGCAGGGCCAAGAAUACCAUUGGAGAAGCUUUCACUGCUGUCAGUAUCAAAGUUGGGGAGGAGACAACGGUGACAGAAUCGGCCCCUUACUUCAUCCAGAAACCCUCCUCCAUCAGAGUGACCCUGGGAGACGAUGUUACGUUCAAAUGUAAAGUCCAGGGCAGCCCACCUCUCUCUGUGAACUGGGAGAAAGAUGGAAGGCACUUGAGGGGCUGGUCUGACUCCAACCGCUUCCAGAUUGAGUCCCUCGGGGAGUCAAAUGCUCUCAAGAUCCAGUGCGCUCGGUUGGGGGAUAGUGGGACAUACAUGUGUCGGGCAGAGAACCCCAUUGGCUCUGCCAGUGCAACCGCCACCCUGGUGGUGGACACACAUGGUUCUUACAGUCCGAGCAGCAGCCAUCUAGACACAGGCUAUGGCAAGACUGCCUCCUUGCUGUCUCAUUUGCAAAAGAGGCGCGAGGAAAUCAGGAAGAUGGACACAUCCAUAGUCGCAGCCGCCGAUUCCAUGGCUGCCCCAAUGUACUCCGCUACAGAGGGGCUGUCUAGUAUUGGUCUCAGCCUUUCUCUGGAUUAUGAGAGGGCUGCCAGCCUCACCGCCAAAUCAGCCCGCAACGCCACCUUCGGGGUGCUGACGCGAACCUUCAACGUGACCGAGGGGAAGCACGCCAAGCUGAGCUGUUAUGUGACAGGAGAGCCCAAGCCGGAGAUCGUGUGGAAGAAGGAUGGCGAGGUGAUUACAGAGGGGCGCCGGCACAUGGUGUACGAGGACGAACAGGAGAACUUCGUGCUGAAGAUCCUUUUCUGCAAGCAGGUCGAUAACGGGCUUUACACCUGCACAGCCUCCAACCUGGUGGGACAGACGUACAGCUCCGUGCUGGUGACUGUCAGAGAGCCCACAAUACCGUUCAAGACAAAACUGAAGGAUGUUGAAGUUCAGGAGAAAGAAUCGGCCACCUUCCAGUGUGAGGUGCCCGUCCCUAGCACUGAAACUGCCUGGUUCAAGGAGGAGACCAAACUCCAGCAGAGCAAGAAGUACAACAUUGAAGAAGAGGGAACGUACCGCCGGCUCACCGUCCAGAACGUCACCACGGAUGAUGAUGCCGUCUACAUCUGUGAAAUGAAGGAGGGAAGCAGGACCAUCGCGGAACUGACUGUCCAGGGGAACAUCAUUAAAAAACUGCCACGGAAGACUGCGGUCCCCAUAAACGACACAGCCAUAUUCUGCGUGGAGCUGGACAAUGAGUGCCAGAACAUCCACUGGCUGAAGAAUAUGGAAGAAGUGAAGCCCAAUGACCGAAUCACCAUCACGUCAUCUGGCAAGCAACAUACGCUGAUUAUCCGGGAGUGCAAGAUGGAAGACGCUGGGGAGAUUGCAUUCCUGGCUGAUGAGUGCAGAACAUCUACUCAGUUCACUGUAUCCACUCCAAGAAAACCCCCCUCUCAUCCCCCAUCCGACCCCGUGGUGAAAAAUAAAACAGAAACUUCAGUGACGCUUGCCUGGUCCCCUCCCAAAAUGGAGCAACUCAUUCUCAUCGAUGGCUACCUGGUGGAACGUAAGAAACUGGCUGGCUUUACCUGGAUGAGAUGUCACCAGUCUCACAUCCCCAUCCCAGAGUUCACAGUGAGCGACCUGGCAGAAGAGGCAGACUACCAGUUCCGAGUGUCCGCAGUCAACAGCUAUGGGCAGAGCUCUUACCUAGAGUUCCCAGGAACCCUGCAUCUCGAACCAGCAUUGGCUGUGAAAACUCCCCUGACAGAUGUUGAAGCUAUUGCAGGAGGUGAUGCUACCUUUAUUGUUGACCUCACGACCGAUUGUUCUGGCACCUGGUACCUUAAUGGCAAAGCCAUACAGAGCAGUGAAAUAUACAUCAUUCGGAGAACCAAAACUACCCACCUCCUCACCAUAAAAAACGUCACCAAGAAUGACGAUGGAGCAGAGGUGAAAUUUGUCGCCAAGAACGUUGAAACCAGUACCAAGAUGAAAGUAAAAGCUGCUGCAGUAAGAAUCACCAACAAGAGUGGAGAUAUAGAAAAGGUCUCUGCUCGGCUGCGUGAGGAGGCACAGCUUUGGGCAGAGCUUUCAGACGUGGCUGCUGCUGUGAAGUGGAUGAAGAAUGGGAAGGAAAUCCAGGCCAGUCCAAAAUACGAAUUGAAAACAGCAGAGAAGAAACGCAUCCUGAAAAUUCACAGCAUCACAGCAGAGGAUGCUGGCAUUUAUGAAUGUGUCUGUGAAGGGGAUGAAAUAGUCUAUCAGCUCUCAGUGAAAGCACUCGUGCACUUCACAAACAAAGAGAAAGCUGGCGGUGUUCUCAUCGCCACCUCUGGAAAACAGGCCGAGUUUGUUUCUGAGACCUCUGAAGCCAAUGUCAUGGUGCAGUGGUACAAAGAUGGCAAAGAAAUCAGGCGCACAAAGAAAUUCACCCUGGAGGAUAACGGAAAGCUGCACAAGCUCAUCGCCUCAGCUGUAACGAAAGAAGAUGAGGGAACGUACAUGUGCAAAGUUGGAGAGGACACUCUAGUUUUCAAUUUAAAGGUCUCAGAUGAAGUUGUUAAGUUUGUCAACAAGCCUAAAGCAACACCAGAAAUUUCAGUCAGUCCUUCUGAGGGUCUAGAGCUGGCGUGUGAGGUCUCGGUGGCGAGUGGAGCUGUUGUGUGGAAGAAGGAUCAAACUGAAGUUAAGCAGGACCAGAGAACGACAGUCACCUCUCAGGGAACAGACCGAAAGCUCAUCAUCAAGAAUGUGACACAGCAUGACCAAGGGAGCUACACCUGUGAAUCAAAGGAUGACAAAGUAACAUUCCAAGUCAAAGUCAAAGAGACGGAAGAGGUGUUUGCAAACAAGGAGAAGGUGCGGAAGGAGGUGAAGGCCGUUCUGACAGAGAGCGCCACCCUCAGCUGUGAGGUAACUCAGGCCAAGACUGAAGUGAAAUGGUACAAGGAUGGGAAACUGAUCACCUCCAGCAAGAAAUUCAAAGUGGAGUCUGAGGGCAAAUCCCGGCAUCUGGUCGUGGAGCAGGUGGAGAAGAACGACUCUGGAGAGUACACCUGUGAGGCCGCAGGCCAGAAACUGACCUUCAAAGUUCUUGUCACUGAACCUGAAGAGGUGUUUGCAAACAAGGCGAAGGUGCAGAAGGAGGUCAAGGCCGCCCUGACAGAGAGCGCCACCCUGAGCUGUGAGGUGGCCCAGGCCAAGACUGAAGUGAGAUGGCACAAGGACGGGAAACUGAUCACCUCCAGCAAGAAACUCAAAGUGGAGUCUGAGGGCAAAUCCCGGCGUCUGGUCGUGGAGCAGGUGGAGAAGAAGGAUGCUGGAGAGUACACCUGUGAGGCCGCAGGCCAAAAACUGACCUUCAAGGUUAUCGUCACAGAGAUGGAAGAGGUGUUUGCAAACCAGGAGAAGGUGCAGAAGGAGGUGAAGGCCGUCCUGACAGAGAGUGCCACCCUCAGCUGUGAGGUGACCCAGGCCAAGACUGAAGUGAAAUGGUACAAGGACGGGAAACUGAUCACCUCCAGCAAGAAACUCAAAGUGGAGUCUGAGGGCAAAUCCCGGCGUCUGGUCAUGGAGCAGGUGGAGAAGAAAGACGCUGGAGAGUACACCUGUGAGGCCGCAGGCCAGAAACUGACCUUCAAGGUUCUUGUCACUGCAGAAAUGGAAAAGGUGUUUACAAACCAGGAGAAGGUGCAGAAGGAGGUGAAGGCCAUCCUGACAGAGAGCGCCACCCUGAGCUGUGAGGUGGCCCAGGCCAAGACUGAAGUGAAAUGGUACAAGGACGGGAAACUGAUCACCUCCAGCAAGAAACUCAAAGUGGAGUCUGAGGGCAAAUCCCGGCGUCUGGUCGUGGAGCAGGUGGAGAAGAACGAUGCUGGAGAGUACACCUGUGAGGCCGCAGGCCAGAAACUGACCUUCAAGAUUAUCAUCACAGAGAGAGAGGAUGUAUUUGCAAACCAGGAGAAGGUGCAGAAGGAGGUGAAGGCCGCCCUGACAGAGAGCGCCACCCUGAGUUGUGAGGUGGCCCAGGCCAAGACUGAAGUGAGAUGGUACAAGGACGGAAAACUGAUCACCUCCAGCAAGAAAUUCAAAGUGGAGUCUGAGGGCAAAUCCCAGCGUCUGGUCGUGGAGCAGGUGGAGAAGAAGGAUGCUGGAGAGUACACCUGUGAGGCCGCAGGCCAAAAACUGACCUUCAAGGUUAUCGUCACAGAGAUGGAAGAGGUGUUUGCAAACAAGGAGAAGGUGCAGAAGGAGGUGAAGGCCGUCCUGACAGAGAGCGCCACCCUGAGCUGUGAGGUGGCCCAGGCCAAGACUGAAGUGAAAUGGUACAAGGACGGGAAACUGAUCACCUCCAGCAAGAAACUCAAAGUGGAGUCUGAGGGCAAAUCCCGGCACCUGGUCAUGGAGCAGGUGGAGAAGAAAGACGCUGGAGAGUACACCUGUGAGGCUGCAGGCCAGAAACUGACCUUCAAGGUUCUUGUCACUGAAAUGGAAAAGGUGUUUGCAAACCAGGAGAAGGUGCAGAAGGAGGUGAAGGCCGUCCUGACAGAGAGCGCCACCCUGAGCUGUGAGGUGGCCCAGGCCAAGACUGAAGUGAAAUGGUACAAGGAUGGGAAACUGAUCACCUCCAGCAAGAAACUCAAAGUGGAGUCUGAGGGCAAAUCCCGGCAUCUGGUCGUGGAGCAGGUGGAGAAGAAAGACGCUGGAGAGUACACCUGUGAGGCUGCAGGCCAGAAACUGACCUUCAAGGUUCUUGUCACUGCAGAAAUGGAAGAGGUGUUUGCAAACAAGGAGAAGGUGGAGAAAGAGGUGAAGGCUGUCCUGACAGAGAGUGCCACCCUAUGCUGUGAGGUGGCCCAGGCCAAGACUGAAGUGAAAUGGUACAAGGACGGGAAACUGAUCACCUCCAGCAAGAAACUCAAAGUGGAGUCUGAGGGCAAAUCCCGGCGUCUGGUCGUGGAGCAGGUGGAGAAUAAAGAUGCUGGAGAGUACACCUGUGAGGCCGCAGGCCAGAAACUGACCUUCAAGGUUCUUGUCACUGAGAGAGAGGAUGUGUUUGCAAACCAGGAGAAGGUGCAGAAGGAGGUGAAGGCCGCCCUGACAGAGAGCGCCACCCUGAGCUGUGAGGUGGCCCAGGCCAAGACUGAAGUGAGAUGGCACAAGGACGGGAAACUGAUCACCUCCAGCAAGAAAUUCAAAGUGGAGUCUGAGGGCAAAUCCCGGCGUCUGGUUGUGGAGCAGGUGGAGAAGAAGGAUGCUGGAGAGUACACCUGUGAGGCCGCAGGCCAGAAACUGACCUUCAAGGUUCUUGUCACUGCAGAGAUGGAAGAGGUGUUUGCAAACAAGGAGAAGGUGGAGAAAGAGGUGAAGGCUGUCCUGACAGAGAGCGCCACCCUGAGCUGUGAGGUGGCCCAGGCCAAGACUGAAGUGAAAUGGUACAAGGACGGGAAACUGAUCACCUCCAGCAAGAAACUCAAAGUGGAGUCUGAGGGCAAGUCCCGGUGUCUGGUCGUGGAGCAGGUGGAGAAGAAAGAUGCUGGAGAGUACACCUGUGAGGCCGCAGGCCAGAAACUGACCUUCAAGGUUCUUGUCACUGAGAGAGAAGAUGUGUUUGCAAACCAGGAGAAGGUGCAGAAGGAGGUGAAGGCCGCCCUGACAGAGAGCGCCACCCUGAGCUGUGAGGUGGCCCAGGCCAAGACUGAUUUGAGAUGGCACAAGGACGGGAAACUGAUCACCUCCAGCAAGAAAUUCAAAGUGGAGUCUGAGGGCAAAUCCCGGCGUCUGGUUGUGGAGCAGGUGGAGAAGAAGGAUGCUGGAGAGUACACCUGUGAAGCCGCAGGCCAGAAACUGACCUUCAAGGUUCUUGUCACUGCAGAAAUGGAAGAGGUGUUUGCAAACAAGGAGAAGGUGGAGAAAGAGGUGAAGGCUGUCCUGACAGAGAGCGCCACCCUGAGCUGUGAGGUGGCCCAGGCCAAGACUGAAGUGAAAUGGUACAAGGACGGGGAACUGAUCACCUCCAGCAAGAAACUCAAAGUGGGGUCUGAGGGCAAAUCCCGGCGUCUGGUCGUGGAGCAGGUGGAGAAGAAGGACGCUGGAGAGUACACCUGUGAGGCCGCAGGCCAGAAACUGACCUUCAAGGUUCUUGUCACUGAGAGAGAAGAUGUGUUUGCAAACCAGGAGAAGGUGCAGAAGGAGGUGAAGGCCGCCCUGACAGAGAGCGCCACCCUGAGCUGUGAGGUGGCCCAGGCCAAGACUGAUUUGAGAUGGCACAAGGACGGGAAACUGAUCACCUCCAGCAAGAAAUUCAAAGUGGAGUCUGAGGGCAAAUCCCGGCGUCUGGUUGUGGAGCAGGUGGAGAAGAAGGAUGCUGGAGAGUACACCUGUGAAGCCGCAGGCCAGAAACUGACCUUCAAGGUUCUUGUCACUGCAGAAAUGGAAGAGGUGUUUGCAAACAAGGAGAAGGUGGAGAAAGAGGUGAAGGCUGUCCUGACAGAGAGCGCCACCCUGAGCUGUGAGGUGGCCCAGGCCAAGACUGAAGUGAAAUGGUACAAGGACGGGAAACUGAUCACCUCCAGCAAGAAACUCAAAGUGGGGUCUGAGGGCAAAUCCCGGCGUCUGGUCGUGGAGCAGGUGGAGAAGAAGGACGCUGGAGAGUACACCUGUGAGGCCGCAGGCCAGAAACUGACCUUCAAGGUUCUUGUCACUGAGAGAGAAGAUGUGUUUGCAAACCAGGAGAAGGUGCAGAAGGAGGUGAAGGCCGCCCUGACAGAGAGCGCCACCCUGAGCUGUGAGGUGGCCCAGGCCAAGACUGAAGUGAGAUGGCACAAGGACGGGAAACUGAUCACCUCCAGCAAGAAAUUCAAAGUGGAGUCUGAGGGCAAAUCCCGGCGUCUGGUUGUGGAGCAGGUGGAGAAGAAGGAUGCUGGAGAGUACACCUGUGAGGCCGCAGGCCAGAAACUGACCUUCAAGGUUCUUGUCACUGCAGAAAUGGAAGAGGUGUUUGCAAACAAGGAGAAGGUGGAGAAAGAGGUGAAGGCCGUCCUGACAGAGAGUGCCACCCUGUGCUGUGAGGUGGCCCAGGCCAAGACUGAAGUGAAAUGGUACAAGGACGGGAAACUGAUCACCUCCAGCAAGAAACUCAAAGUGGAGUCUGAGGGCAAAUCCCGGCAUCUGGUCGUGGAGCAGGUGGAGAAGAAAGAUGCUGGAGAGUACACCUGCGAGGCCGCAGGCCAGAAACUGACCUUCAAGCUUCUUGUCACUGAGAGAGAAGAUGUGUUUGCAAACCAGGAGAAGGUGCAGAAGGAGGUGAAGGCCACCCUGACAGAGAGCGCCACCCUGAGCUGUGAGGUGGCCCAGGCCAAGACUGAAGUGAGAUGGCACAAGGACGGGAAACUGAUCACCUCCAGCAAGAAAUUCAAAGUCGAGUCUGAGGGCAAAUCCCGGCGUCUGGUCGUGGAGCAGGUGGAGAAGAAGGAUGCUGGAGAGUACACCUGUGAGGCCGCAGGCCAGAAACUGACCUUCAAGCUUCUUGUCACUGAAAUGGAAGAGGUGUUUACAAACCAGGAGAAGGUGCAGAAGGAGGUGAAGGCCUCCCUGACAGAGAGCGCCACCCUGAGCUGUGAGGUGGCCCAGGCCAAGACUGAAGUGAAAUGGUACAAGGACGGGAAACUGAUCACCUCCAGCAAGAAAUUCAAAGUGGAGUCUGAGGGCAAAUCCCGGCAUCUAGUUGUGGAGCAGGUGGAGAAGAAAGAUGCUGGAGAGUACACCUGUGAGGCUGCAGGCCAGAAACUGACCUUCAAGAUUGUUGUCACAGAGAUGGAAGAGGUGUUUGCAAGCAAGGAGAAGGUGCAGAAGGAGGUGAAGGCCAUCCUGACAGAGAGCGCCACCCUGAGCUGUGAGGUGGCCCAGGCCAAGACUGAAGUGAAAUGGUACAAGGAUGGGAAACUGAUCACCUCCAGCAAGAAAUUCAAGGUGGAGUCUGAGGGCAAAUCCCGGCGUCUGGUCGUGGAGCAGGUGGAGAAGAAGGACGCUGGAGAGUACACCUGUGAGGCUGCAGGCCAGAAACUGACCUUCAAGGUUCUUGUCACUGAGCCCGAAGAAGUGUUUGCAAACAAGGCGAAGGUGCAGAAGGAAGUGAAAGCCGUCCUGACAGAGAGCGCCACCCUGAGCUGUGAGGUGGCCCAGGAAAAGUCUGAAGUGAAAUGGUACAAGGAUGGGAAACUGAUCACCUCCAGCAAGAAAUUCAAAGUGGAGUCUGAGGGCAAAUCCCGGCAACUGGUCAUGAAGCAGCUUGAGAAGAAGGACGCUGGAGAGUACAUCUGUGAGGCCGCAGGCCAGAAACUGACCUUUAAAAUUAUCAUCACAGAGCCUGAAGAGGUGUUUGCAAACCAGGAGAAGGUGCAGAAGGAGGUGAAGGCUGCCCUGACAGAGAGCGCCACCCUGAGCUGUGAGGUGACCCAGGCCAAGACUGACGUGAAAUGGUACAAAGAUGGGAAACUGAUCACCUCCAGCAAGAAAUUCAAGGUGGAGUCUGAGGGCAAAUCCCGGCGUCUGGUCGUGGAGCAGGUGGAGAAGAAGGAUGCUGGAGAGUACACCUGUGAGGCUGCAGGCCAGAAACUGACUUUCAAGGUUAUUGUCACAGAGGCAGAAGAGGUGUUUACAAACCAGGAGAAGGUGCAGAAGGAGGUGAAGGCCUCCCUGACAGAGAGCACCACCCUGAGCUGUGAGGUGGCCCAGGCCAAGACUGAAGUGAAAUGGUACAAGGAUGGGAAACUGAUCACUUCCAGCAAAAAACUCAAACUGGAGUCUGAGGGCAAAUCCCGGCGUCUGGUCAUGGAGCAGGUGGAGAAGAACGACGCUGGAGAGUACACCUGUGAGGCCGCAGGCCAGAAGCUGACCUUCAAAGUUAUCGUCACAGAACCCGAAGUUGUGUUUGCAAACAAGGAGAAGGUGCAGAAGGAGAUAAAGGCCGUCCUGAUGGAGAGCGCCACCCUGAGCUGUGAGAUGGCGCAGGCCGAGACUGAAGUGAGGUGGCACAAGGAUGGGAAACUGAUCACCUCCAGCAAGAAAUUCAAAGUGGAGUCAGAGGGCAAAUCCCGACGGCUGGUCGUGGAGCAGGUGGAGAAGAAAGACACUGGAGAGUACACCUGUGAGGCCGCAGGGCAGAAACUGACCUUCAAGGUUAUCAUCACAGAACCAGAAAUCGUAUUUGCAAACCAGGAGAAGGUGCAGAAGGAGGUGAAGGCUGUGCUGACAGAGAGCGCCACCCUCUCCUGCGAAGUGGCCCAGGCCAAAACUGAAGUGAAAUGGUACAAGGAUGGGAAACUGAUCACCUCCAGCAAGAAAUUCAAAGUGGAGUCUGAGGGCAAAUCCCGGCGUCUGGUCGUGGAGCAGGUGGAGAAGAAGGAUGCUGGAGAGUACACCUGUGAAGCUGCAGGCCAGAAACUGACCUUCAAGUUUAAUGUCACAGAGCCAGAAUUUGCAUUUGUAAACCAGGAGAAGGUGCAGAAGGAAGUAAAGGCCGCCCUGACAGAGAGCGCUAUCCUGUCCUGCGAAGUGGCCCAGGCCAAGACUGAAGUUAAAUGGCACAAGGACGGCAAACUGAUAACCCCCAGCAAGAAACUCAGAGUAGAGUCUGAGGGUAAAUCCCGGCGUCUAGUCCUGGAGCAGAUGGAAAAGGAGGAUGCUGGAGAGUACACCUGUGAGGCCGCAGGCCAGAAACUGACCUUCCAGAUUGAAGCAGUAGAACCGGAGGCAAAAUUCCAAAAGAAACUUGUCCAGAAAGAACCAAUCAUUGUUCAGGAACAUGAGAGCAUCACACUGGCCACUUCGGUAACACCAGAAACGGCCGUAGUCAAGUGGUUCAAAGAUGGAACUGAGAUCAAGGGAAGCAAAAAGUAUGAGAUUAAGGCUGACGGGGCCUCCAGGACUCUGACCGUGAAGUUGGCUGAGGGCAAAGACAGCGCUGUGUACACCUGCGAGACAAAGAGCGACAAGCAGGAGUUCAAAGUGCAGGUGAAAGAAAUCCCUGUGAAGUUUGCAAAGAAAUUAGAAGAGGUCAGUGCCGAGAUCGGAGGGACCAUCUCUCUGACCUGUGAGCUGAGCCAGGUUAAGGGGGAUGUGCUGUGGUACAAGGACGGAGUUGAGGUCAAACCCAGCAAGCGCUUCCAGAUUCGUGAGGAUGGUGUCAAGCGGAUCCUGACCAUAAUGGGACUCCGGGCCGAAGACAAGGGAGAGUACUCCUGUGAAUCACGGGACGACAAAAGCAGCAUUCAGGUCACCCCCAGAGCUCCUAGAGUGGUGAAAUUCACUACAGGCCUUCACAACAUGGUGUCUGAAGAAGGAAAAGAGGCCACAUUCAAAUGCACCGUCUCCCCCAACGAUGCUGCGGUUACAUGGCACAGAAACGGUGUCAAAAUUGAAGCCAGUAAGAAACAUGUGAUCUCUCAGAAGGACACCAAUCACAGCCUUACCAUCACUGACCUGACUCUGGAGGAUGCAGCAGAAAUCUCAGCCAAUGCAGAGGGUGUGGAAAGCAAAGCCACUCUCACAGUCCGAGAGGCGCCGGUGACGUUUAAGAAGAAACUGGAGAGCAAAACGGUUGAGGAGAGGGACACGGUGACCCUGGAGGUGGAGCUGAGCAAGCCUUCCAUGGAGGUGAAAUGGAUGAGGAACAGCAUCGUGCUGCAAUCCAGUGACAACAUCGAGUUCAAGGCCGAGGGGACGAAACACAGCUUGACGAUUAAGAACAUCACCUUUGCUGACCGGGGCUUCUACUGCUGUGAGACUCUCGAAGAGAAGACCCAGGCCAAGCUGAAUGUACAAAUGAGGCAGAUCAAACUGGUGAAAGGCCUGCAGCCGCUGGAGGCCCGUGAAAAGGGGACUGCCACCUUCGAGCUGGAGCUGUCUCAUGAGGACGUGGAAGGAAGCUGGAUGAAGGACGGCCUGAAACUGAAACCAGGGGAGAACUGCCACAUUAGCGUCCUGGGGAAGAAACAUUCACUGACACUUUCGUCCCUGAAGCUAGAAGACUCAGGCCUCAUCUCCUUCAAGACAGAAGGCAUCCAUUCUUCAGGGAGGCUUAUAGUAACAGAGUUGCCUGUGAAAAUAAGCAAGCCUUUGGUCGACAUCAAAGCUCCUGAGAAGUCUAAGGUGACAUUUGAGUGUGAGCUCUCCAGGCCUAAUGUGGAGGUCAAGUGGUUUAAGAAUGGAUCUGAGCUCCGGCCAAGUAAAAAUGUGGCAAUCAUUUCCCAGGAAAUUAAGAGAAGCCUCAUUAUUCACAAGUGUGACUAUGAUGACCAAGGAACCUAUGUAUGCGAUGCAGCUGACGACAAGAGUUCUGCUACCCUUAUAGUCCAUGCUCGAGAUAUCAAGAUUAUUAAACCACUGGAAGAUGUGGAAGUGAAUGAAAAGGAGAGUGCAUCUUUCACCUGUGAGAUCUCGCAUGAUGAAGUCCAAACCCAGUGGUACAAAAAUGACAACAAACUGAGGGCUGGAGACAACAUUAAGAUGCGUCAAGAAGGAAAGACCUAUGCAUUAGUUUACAGAAGUGUCCAUGUGGAAGAUGCUGCGGAGAUCAAAUUUGUAGCAGAAAAGGCAGAAUCUCGAGCGCAACUUAGAGUUAAAGAACUACCGGUAAAAUUUGUGAAGCCUCUGCGGGAUAAGAUUGCUAUUGAGAAGCACCGGGGUGUCCUGGAAUGCCAGGUGUCUCGCCCUACUGCCAAAGUUAAGUGGUAUAAGAAGAACGUUGAGAUUCUUCCCAGCCAGAAAUAUGAGCUGGUGAGUGACAGUGUCUAUAGGAAACUCAUCAUCAAUGACGCCGAGUUUCAGGAUGAGGAUGUUUACACAUGUGAUGCUACUGAUGACACAAGCAGUGCUCAUUUCUAUGUUGAAGAGCAAUCCAUUAACAUUGUAAAGGAGUUAACUGAUGUGGAUGUGACAGAGCCUGCAGAAGCCAAGUUUGAAUGCGAGAUCUCCAUUCCAUCGGUGAAGCCCCCGAAAUGGUCUCUGGGUGGAGAGGUCUUACAGACUGGCAGAAACGUUACUAUAGAGCAAGAAGGCACCAUCCAUCGGCUGAUUCUGUGGAAGACCAAUUCUGACAUGACAGGCACCAUUCAGUUUGCAAUUGGCAAAUCAAAAUCCACAGCAAACCUGCUUGUGAGAGAUAUUAAUGUGCAGAUUACCAGAAAGUUGGAGGAUAAGACUGCCUUAGAACGCCAUUCAGUCGUGCUGUCCUGUGAUUUUAGGCCUUCUCCAAAGGUCGUAGAGUGGUUCAAGGGCCACACCCUCAUUGAGCCCUCUGACAGAUACAAGCCCAAGUGGGAGAAGCAUACAGCGGAACUCAAAAUUCUGAAACUGACACCUGAAGAUUCCGGCACAUACAAGUGCCGAGCGGGAAAUGCAGAAACCAAAGCCACGCUGACAGUGGAAGCCCGGCAGGUGGCGAUAACCAAACACUUGCAGGAUGUGGAGACUGAGGAAGAGAGCUGCGCUGUCUUCUCCUGCGAGCUGUCCCAUGAUGACGAGGAUGUGGAAUGGUUACUGAAUGACACCGUCCUCUACACCAACAGCUGUAAUGAGAUCAAGAAGAUCGGCACGUGCCACACUCUGACACUGAAGCAAGUCACGCCAGACGAUGCAGGCACGGUGACUGUCAAGACGGAGAAGGUGUCGGAAAGUGCUCAACUGAAGGUGAAAGAGAAGCCCAUCAUCUUCAUGAAGGCCUUGGAUGAUGUCGUUGGGGAGGAGCGUGGUGUGAUUUCACUGGAGUGCGAGGUCUCCAAACCAAAGGUCAAACCCAUCUGGAAGAAGGACAAUGUGGAGCUCACCCCUGGUGACAAGUAUGAGCAGAUGCAAGCUGGGAAAACACUGUGUCUCAUUGUUCACGAUCUGAACAAGAAUGAUGCCGGUUUAUACACAUGUGAUAUUGGCACUGACCUUGCCAAGUCACGAGUCAGUAUUCAGGAGCUGAACAUUGGUAUCACUAAACGCCUGAAGAGCACCGAAGUUCAAGAAGGGGAGAAUUGUACUUUUGAGUGUAUUUUGUCCCAUGAAAGCAUUGGCGAUUUCCACUGGCUGCUGAAGGGGAAUGAAGUUCACAGUGGUGGACGAUUUAAAACCUUUAACAAAGGGCGGAAAUACACCCUCGACAUCCGAAAUGUGGUUGCUGCUGAUGCUGGGGAAGUAGUCUUCACGGCUCGCAACUUGAACUCCAAGGCCUCGCUGGUUGUGAAAGAAAAACCGGCAGACAUUAUAAAGCAGCUGGAGGAUAAGACAGCAGCAGCAGGACAAGACAUCAGCCUGAGCUGUGAAAUGUCCAAACCUGACACAAAUGUGAAGUGGUACAAGGAUGGCAAAGCGAUUCGGAAAAGCCAAAAAUAUGACUUGCGCCAAGAGGGAACAUGGGCCAUACUCGUCAUCCAUGAUGCCAUGACCAAGGACGCUGGGGAAUACAUGUGUGAGGUGGAGACAUCUAAAACUAAAGCAUCGGUCACAGUAGAAGAAAAACCCAAUCGCUUUGUGAAGGAGCUUUCAGAUCUGAAAGCUGAUGAAAAAGGAGUCGCUGUUUUUAUGUGUCAGACUGAGAAAGCCGCACCCACAGUGACCUGGCGGAAAGGGAUGGUCGAGCUCAAGACAAGCAAGAAAUAUGAGAUCAUCCAGAAAGGGAACAUCCUGCAACUCACUAUUAAUGCCUUAGAGAAAAGUGACAGUGACACCUACACCUGCGACGUUGGCGACGCCCAGUCUAGAGCCAAACUCAUCGUGCAAGGCCAGAAAAUACUAAUAACCGAAGAUCUGGAAGAUGUUGAUGUGGUAGAAGGAGAAUCUGCCAUGUUCAAAUGCAGAAUCUCUCCAGUAGAAUAUAGCAAUGUGCAGUGGUUUUUGGAUAAAACCCCACUCCAUACCAAUGAACUUAAUGACAUCCAGUCUCAGCCUGGAGGCUAUCACUUGCUAACCUUGAAAAAACUGUCACUGAAGGAUUCGGGGGUCAUUACCUUUGAAGCUGGUGAUAAGAAAACAUCUGCCAGUUUGGUUGUUAAAGAGAAGCCUUGCAUCAUUACAAAGGAGCUUGCUGAUGCCGAAAUCAUUGAGGGAGAGGAUGCCUUUCUUCAUUGUGAAACUUCCAAAACAGACAGCCCGGUAAAGUGGUGCAAAGAUGGGAAGACCCUUAGAAACUCCUCUAAGUAUAAGAUCAGCCGGUCAGGAUUUGAAGCCACGCUUGUCAUUCAUGGGACAGACGAUACAGACAGUGGCCGAUAUGAGUGUGAGGCUGGAACAGCUAAAAGUAGUGCAGUUGUCACUGUCAAGGCUCUGCCAGUUCUUUUCAAACGAGAACUCCAGAAUGAGGAAGCUAAAGAAGGAAGUCAAGUCAAACUGACCUGUGAGCUUAGCAAACCUGACAUCCCAGUGAAAUGGACAAAGGGCGAUAUAGUUCUACAACCCAGUGACAAGUAUGAGUUAAAGCAACAAGGCAUGGUUGCAGAGCUCAUUAUUCAAGAUGCCAAAUCAAUAGAUGCUGGAGACUAUACCUGCAGCACUGGAGAACAAAAGACAACUGCUCGGGUGAAAGUAAAUGCUCUGCCAGUCCUUUUUAAACAAAACCUGCAGAACACAGAAAUGGAAGAGGGGAGCACCGUAGCUUUGCGCUGUGAGAUCACUAAACCCGAUGCCCGAGUGGUGUGGAAGAAGGGAGGAGCCAUACUCCAGGAGAGUGCCAAAUAUGAGCUGAAGCAGAAGGGUUGCAUGGCAGAGCUGCUCAUUCACAAUGCAGAGCCGGAGGAUGCUGGAAGAUACACCUGUGAUACUGGAGACCAGCAGACGACUGCUCAAGUCAAAAUCCAUGCCCUGCCUGCACUCAUCAAAGAAGAACUGAAGAACUUGGAAGCCACAGAAGGUGGAACAGCCGCUCUGCGCUGUGAGCUGAGCAAAGCCGCUCCAGUGGAGUGGAAGAAGGGGCCCAAGGGGCUCAGGCCAAGUGGCAAAUACAGAAUGAGACAAGAAGGCACCAUUGCUGAGCUGGUCAUCCACGAUGUAGAUCUGAAGGAUGCUGGAGAUUACACAUGUGUAUUUGGAGAUCAAAAAACCACAGCAGCCUUAACAGUGAAUGCCCUACCCGUACGUUUCAAAAAGGAACUGAAGAAUGAGGAAGCCACUGAGAGUGGAACAGCCACACUACACUGUGAGCUGACCAAGGCUGUUGACUCAGUUGAGUGGAUGAAGGAUCAAAAGGUGCUGAAACCAAGUGGCAAAUACAGGAUGAGGCAGGAAGGCCGCUUUGCUGAGUUGAUUAUCCAAGACCUAGACUUGGCGGAUGCAGGAGAUUACACUUGCUUGUGUGGUGACCAGAAGACAACAGCUGCUCUAACAGUGAAUGCCUUGCCUGCACUUUUCCAAGAAAAACUGAAUAACAAGGAAGUUUCAGAGGGUGGGACAGUCACUCUGCACUGUAAAUUGAGCAAGCCCGCCCCAGUGGAGUGGAAGAAGGGACAAAAGGCUCUCAGACCAAGUGAAAAAUUCAAAAUAAGCCAAGAGGGUCCCUUUGCUGAACUGUUGAUCCAUGAUCUGGAUUUGACGGAUGCUGGAGAUUACACUUGUGUGUGUGGAGAACAGCAGACUACAGCUACCUUGACAGUGAAUGUUCUGCCUACACUUUUCACCAAAGAACUGAAGAAUCAAGAAGCUACAGAAGGCGAAAGUGCCAUUCUGCGCUGCGAGCUAAACAAGGUUGCUCCUACCGUGGAGUGGAAGAAGGGACACAAGACCCUCAAACUGAGUGACAAGUAUAAAAUGAGACGGGAAGGUGGUGUUGUUGAAUUGAUAAUCCAAGACCUAGAAGUGACAGAUGCUGGAAAUUAUACCUGUAUGUGUGGAGACCAACAGACCAUGGCGUCUGUAACUGUAAAUGUCCUGCCUGCAUUUUUCAAAGAGGGAUUGAAGAAUAAGGAAGCCUCAGAAGGUGCAACAGCCACUCUGCACUGUGAGCUGAGCAAAGCCCCUGUCCUAGUGGAGUGGAAGAAGGGGCAAAAACCACUCAAACCCAGUGAAAAGUACAGAAUGCGACAGGAAGGUGCCAUUGCAGAGCUGUUGAUCCGUGACCUUGAUGUAGAAGAUACAGAUGAUUAUACCUGUGUGUGUGGAGACCAGAAGACCUCUGCCGUCUUGACAGUCCAUGCCCUGCCUGCACUGUUCAAAAAAGAACUCAAAAAUGAGGAAGCCACAGAAAGUGGGACAGCUACUCUCCACUGUGAGUUGACCAAAGCUGCUCCAGUGGAGUGGAUGAAGGAUCAAAAGGUGCUCAAAGCUAGUGACAAAUAUAAAAUGAGACAGAAGGAUGCCGUUGCUGAGCUGACAAUCCAUGACCUGGAGGAACAGGAUGCUGGAGAUUACACUUGUGUAUGUGGAGACCAGAAAACCACUGCAUCCUUGACAGUGCAUGUCCUUCCUCCACGUUUUAAAAAAGAAUUGAAGAAUUUGGAAGCCAGAGAAGGUGAAGCAGCCACUCUGCACUGUGAGCUGACCAAGGUCGCUGCCCCAGUGGAAUGGAAGAAGGGACCCAAAGUGCUCAAACCAAGCGACAAGUUUAGAAUGAGACAGGAAGGCACCAUUGCUGAGUUAGUGAUCCAUGAUUUAGAUCUGACAGAUGCUGGAGAUUAUACAUGCAUGUAUGGAGACCAAAAAACCACAGCUGCCUUAACAGUGAAUGCUCUGCCUGCACGUUUCAAGGAAGAAAUGACAAAUGAGGAAGCCACGGAAGGUGGGAGAGCCACUCUGCGCUGUCAGCUGACCAAGGUUGCUUUGGUGGAGUGGAAAAAGAAGCAUAAGGCGCUUGUACCAAGUGACAAAUAUACAAUGAGGCAGGAAGGUGCCCUUGCAGAACUAGUCAUCCAUGAUUUAGAAGUCAAGGACUCUGGCGAUUAUACCUGUGUAUGUGGAGACCAGAAGACAACUGCAGCUUUGAUAGUGCACGCCCUACCGGUACUUUUCCAAGAAGAAUUAAGAAAUGAAGAAGCCACAGAAGGUGGUGCAGCCACUCUGCGCUGUGAGCUGAACAAGGCUGCCCCAGUGGAGUGGAAGAAGGGACACAAGGUGCUCAAGCCAAGUGACAAAUACAAAAUGAGGCAGAAGGACACCACUGCAGAGCUGGAAAUCCAUAAUCUAGAUGACAGUGAUGCUGGUGAUUAUACCUGUGUGUGUGGAGAUCAGCAGAGCACAGCUGUCUUAGCAGUACAUGCUCUGCCAGCACUCAUCAAAGAAGAACUGAAAAACGAGGAAGUUAGAGAAGGUGGAACGGCCACUCUGCGCUGCACACUGACCAAAGCCACUCAAAUAGAGUGGAUGAAAGGGGACAGUUUGCUCAAAGCGAGUGACAAAUACAAAAUGAGACAGGAGGGCGCUGUUGUUAAACUGGUUAUCCAUGAUGUAGAACUGAAGGAUGCUGGAGAUUAUACCUGUGUAUGUGGAGACCAGAAGACAACUGCUGGCUUGAUAGUGCAUGCUCUGCCUGCACUUUUCAAAGAAGAACUGAAGAACUUGGAAGUCACAGAAGGCAAAACCGCCACUCUGCACUGUGAGCUGAACAAGCCUGCUUCAGUGGAGUGGAAGAAAGGGCACAAGAUACUCAAGGCGAGUGAAAAAUACAGCAUGAGGCAGGAUAGUGUCACUGCUGAGCUGGAGAUCCAUGAUCUAGGUCUGCAGGAUGCAGGAGAUUACACAUGCAUGUGUGGCGACCAGCAGACCACAGCUACGUUGAUAGUAAAUGCCCUGCCUGUACUUUUCAAGCAAGAACUAAAGAGUGAGGAAGUUACAGAAGGUGGAUCAGUCACUCUGCGCUGUGAACUAAGCAAAGCUGCUCCCGUGGAGUGGAAAAUAGGGCACAAUGUGCUGAAAACCAGUGACAAAUAUAAAAUGAGGCAGCAGGGUGCCAUUGCAGAGUUGGUUAUCCAUGAUGUAGAACUGAAGGAUGCUAGAGAUUAUACCUGUGUGUCUGGGGAUCAGAAGACAACAGCUGCUUUAACAGUACAUGCUCUGCCCGCACGUUUCAAAGAAGAAUUGAGGAACAAGGAAGUGACAGAAGGUGAAGCUGCCACUCUGCGCUGUGAACUGACCAAAGCUGCUCAGGUGGAGUGGAAGAAAGGGCACAAGGUGCUCAAAGCAAGUGAGAAAUACAAAAUGAGACAAGAAGGUGCCAUGGCAGAGCUGGUGAUCCACAAUCUGGAGGUGAAGGAUACUGAUGAUUAUACCUGUGUGUGUGGAGACCAGCAGACCACAGCUACCUUAACAGUAAAUGCUCUGCCUCCAUCUUUCAAAGAAGAAAUGUGCAAUGAGGAAGCCACAGAAGAUGGAACAGCCACUCUGCACUGUGAGCUGACCAAGGUCGCUGCCCCAGUGGAGUGGAAGAAGGGGCACAAAGUGCUCAAACCGAAUGACAAGUACACAAUGAGACAGGAAGGUUGCAUUGUGGAGCUGGUGGUCCAUGGUUUAGACCUGAAGGAUGCUGGAGGUUACACCUGUGUGUGUGGAGACCAGAAGACCACAGCUGCCUUAACAGUGCAUGCCCUGCCUCCACUGUUCAAAGAAGAAUUGAAGAGCCUGGAAGCUACAGAAAAUGGAGCAGCGACUCUGCGCUGUGAACUGACCAAAGCUGCUCAAGUGGAGUGGAAAAAAGGGCACAAGGUGCUCAAAACAAGUGAGAAAUACAAAAUGAGACUAGAAGGUGCCAUGGCAGAGCUGGCUAUCUGCAAUCUGGAGGUGAAGGACAGUGGAGAUUAUACCUGUGUGUGUGGAGACCAGCAGACCACAGCUACCUUAACAGUAAAUGCCUUGCCAGCACUUUUUAAAGAAGAACUAAAGAAUGAGGAAGCUAAAGAAGGUGGAAAUGCCACUCUCCACUGUGAGCUGACCAAGGCUGCUCCAGUGGAGUGGAAGAAAGGGCAUGAGGUACUCAAACCAAGUGAGAAAUACAAAAUGAGACUGGAAGGUGCCAUUGCAGAGCUGGUUGUCCAUGAUCUAGAUGAGAAGGAUACAGGAGAUUAUACUUGUGUGUGUGGAGAACAACAGACCACGGCUGCUUUAACAGUACAUGCUCUGCCUCCAUCUUUCAAAGAAGAAAUGUGCAACGAGGAAGCCACAGAAGGUGGAACAGCCACUCUGCACUGUGAGCUGACCAAGGUCGCUGCCCCAGUGGCGUGGAAGAAGGGGCACCAAGUGCUCAAACCGAAUGACAAGUACACAAUGAGACAGGAAGGUUGCAUUGUGGAGCUGGUGGUCCAUGGUUUAGACCUGAAGGAUGCUGGAGAUUACACCUGUGUGUGUGGAGACCAGAAGACCACAGCUGCCUUAACAGUGCAUGCCCUACCAGCACUUUUUAAACAUGAGCUUCGAGAUGAGGAGGCAGAAGAAGGUGGCACAGUCACACUGCGGUGUGAGCUUACCAAACCCAGUGCUCCAGUAGAGUGGAGGAAAGGCACUACAACUCUCUACCCUGGACUGAAAUAUGAGCUGAAGCGACAAGGGCCAAUUGCUGAGCUGAUCAUUCAUGACUUAAAACUCGAAGAUACAGGAAAAUAUACCUGUGACUCUGGGGAUCAACAGACAACAGCUGCAGUGACCAUACAUGCCCUGCCCAUUGUAUUUAAGCAGCCCCUUCAGAAUCAAGAGGCUGAAGAAGGAGGUACAGCCACAUUACAUUGUGAGCUGUCAAAACCAAACGUUCCAGUGGAAUGGAGGAGAGGAGGCCUGGAGCUGCAGCCUAGCAAUAAGUAUGAAAUGAAACAGAGGAAAUGCAUUGUAGAGCUCUUAGUACAUAAUCUCCAAGUAGAAGAUACAGGAGAAUACAGCUGUGGUAUUGGGGAACAGGAAACAAAGGCUUCUUUAUAUGUGAAAGCCCUCCCAGUUCUUUUCAAAAGGGAGCUCAAGGACAAGGAAGUGGAAGAAGGAACUCCAGUAAAACUCCAGUGUGAGCUGACAAAGCCCAUGGCUUCUGUGCAAUGGAGGAAAGGCACCAUGGACCUCUUUCCAUGUGCCAAAUAUGAAAUGAAAUUAGAGGGUCUCGUAGCUGAACUCGUGAUCCAUAACACGGAACCAGAAGACACAUCUGAUUACACCUGUGACACUGGAGAUCAACAGAGCACAGCCAACCUCAGAGUGAAUGCUAUUAAACCUCUGUUCAAGCAACAGCUAAAGAAUGAGGAAAUGGAAGAGGGAGGAAUGGUCAAGCUACGCUGUGAGAUCACCGUAACUAACGCUAUAGUAGAGUGGAGGAAAGAUGGCAGGGUGCUUCAGUCAAGUUCCAAGUAUGGAAUCAGACAAGAUGGUACCAUUCAUGAGUUAUGUAUUCAACACCUGGAGCCUAAAGACACCGGCAAGUAUUCCUGCGUUGCUGGGGAUGAGACGACCUCUGCAGUGCUGACUGUGAAAGAGCCUGAUGUGACCAUAGUCAGUGGCCUGAAGAACGUGGUGGUGUAUGAAGAGGAAGAUGCUAUGUUUCAGUGCCAGGUUUCUCAUGACAACGCAAGGGAUGUGGAGUGGAAGCUACAGGACGUCGCUCUGCAGAGCAAUGAAAUGAAUGAGAUCUCUGUUGAAAAAGGCAAGAUUCACACACUUAGACUGAGGAAAGUCACCCAGCAGGAUACUGGCACCAUCACUUUCAGAGUGGGGCCCUAUGUGUCCACAGCAGAGCUCACAGUAAAAGUACCGCUUCCAGUCUUUAAGGAGACUCUAAAGAACACAGAAUUGGAGGAGGAUGCUACAGCCACCCUGGAGUGCGAGGUCUCCCGGCCCAAUGUAUCAGUAGAGUGGAGGAAGGGCUCCCAGGUGAUUUCUCCAAGCUCCAAAUAUGAAAUCAGGCAAGAGGGGACAAUCCAUACAUUAAAGAUUUAUAAUUUAAAGCCAGAAGAUUCGGGCAAAUACACCUGUGAUAACAAAAAUCAGCAAACUACAGCCACUCUAACUGUCAAAGCCAUUCCAGCACUUUUUGAACAAAAACUCCAGAACCAAGAAGCUGAGGAGGGCUCUACUGUCACCCUACACGCUGAGCUCUCCAAACCCAAUGCCGCAGUGAAAUGGAGAAAGGGUUCAGUCCUGCUCCAAGCUAGUGCCAAGUAUGAGAUGAGACAGAAGGGAUCUACCGUGGAACUCCUAAUUCAUGACUUGCAGCUGAAAGACUUUGGAGACUACACUUGUGAUUCUGGUGAUGAGCAGACUACAGCAUCCUUGUUGGUAAAAGCUUUGCCAGUGCUUUUUAUACAACCACUCCAGAGCCAGCAAGCAGAAGAGGGUGGCACCAUCACCCUGAGCUGUGAGCUCUCUAAACCCAAUGCCCCUGUGCAAUGGAAGAAAGCGGGGAAAGUUCUGCAACCAAGUGACAAGUACGAGAUGAAUCAAGCUGGCCCUGUGACUGAGCUGACAAUCCUUAACCUGAAUGAAGCUGAUGCUGGGGAAUACACCUGUGAUACAGGAGACCAAAAAACCACAGCAGCUGUAUAUGUGAAAGAACCAGCAGCAAGCAUAGUGGAGGUGCUAAAGGAUGUCACCUUAAAUGAAGGAGAAGAUGCAGUGUUCAAGUGCAAGGUGUCUCGGGAGAAAGCUCGGGACGUGCACUGGUGCCUGGGUGGCGUACCACUCCAGCCCAAUGAAAUGAACGAGAUAACUGUUCGAGGGAAGCUUCACACUUUGACCCUGAGGAGGGUGACCCUAGAAGACUCUGGUUCUGUCAGUAUCAGAGUGGGGCAACAUACCUCCGAGGCACAGUUAACAGUCCAAGUUGCUCCGGCCAUAUUUGUAAAGUUGCUCGAGAACCAGGAACUGCAAGAGAGUGACACUGCAAAAUUACAGUGUGAGCUAUCCAAGCCUAACAUUCCAGUGGAAUGGAAGAAAACUUCGUCUGUGAUCAAGUCCAGUACGAAGUUUGAAAUCAAGAAGGAAGGGAAUGUACAUACUCUGAUCAUCCAUGAUUUAAAACCUGAGGACUCAGGAGAGUAUAGCUGUAAUACUGUUGACAGGAAGAGCACUGCCAGACUAGAUGUUAAAGCCCUACCUGUGCUUUUCAAACGUUGGCUCCAAAAUGAGGAAGUCGAGGAAGGGUGUACGGCCGCACUGCGCUGCGAGCUUACAAAACCGAGUGCUCCAGUUGAAUGGAGGAAAGGAGAUGUGGUGCUGCAGUCAAGUGACAAGUAUGAGCUCAGGCAAGAGGAGACUUUUGUUGAGCUGUUUAUUUAUGACGUGGAACUUCAGGAUGCUGGGGAGUACACAUGUGAUUCAGGAGAUCAACAAACCACUGCGGCACUGCUAGUAAAAGUACUACCCGUGCUUUUUAAAGAAGAGUUGCAUAACAUAGAGGCAGAAGAACGAGGAACAGCUGUCCUGCAGUGUGAGAUCUCCAAACCUGAUGCCCCAGUGGAGUGGAGGAAAGGAGCGCUGGUACUUCAGCCCAGUGACAAGUAUGAGAUGCGUCAGAAUGGCACCAUUGUGGAGUUAAUUAUUCAUGACCUGGAGGUUGAAGACUGCGGACCCUACACCUGUAGCACUGGGUAUGAGAUGACCACAGGCUCUGUGUACGUGCAAGAAGAGAAAGCAGAGAUAGUUUGUGGUUUAAAGAACACGGAUGUCUUUGCGGGUGAGUCGGCCACCUUCACCUGCGAGCUCUCACGCCCGGGGGUGCAGAACAUACAGUGGUGGCUCGAUGGAUCUCCUCUUCAGAACAGCGCUGUCAAUGAAAUCGCUGUGCGAGAUGGAAAAAUCCACACGUUGACCCUAAAGAACCUGGGGUCUGAUGAUUCGGGGAUUGUGACUUUCAGAGCUGGGUCCCUCAUAUCUUCAGCUAAAUUAUUAAUCAAAGAUCCAACUAUUGAGGUGGUCAGUCCCAUGCAGGACAUUACCAUUGAUGAAGAUGGCACAGCAGAGUUCAUAUGCCAGUACUCUAGACCAGUGCAAGCCACAUGGAAGAAAAAUGAUCAGGAAGUUUCCGCAGAUGGGCAACGAGUCAUUAUCGAGCAGGACUGGAAUGUAGCCAAGCUAAAAAUUAAACCUGCCCUUCCAGAAGACAGUGGCAUCUAUUCUUGUGAAGCUGGAAGCACCAAAGUUGUGGCUAUGCUUGAUGUUCAAGCCAAGAACAGUAUUGUCAAGGGUUUGGAGAAUGUGGAAGCCAUGGAAGGUGGUGAAGCUCUGUUUGAGUGCUACCUUUCCAAACCAGAGUGCUACAAUUACAACUGGCUGAUUGAUGAUGAGCCUGCCAAAACCACAGAAAACAUUGAGAUGGUUUACUUUGAAAAUGGACGCAGGCAUCUUCUCCUGUUGAAGAACCUCACUCCCCAAGACAACUGCAGGGUGACUUUCCUGACUAGUGAUGCUGUGACAUCUGCGUUCCUGACUGUGAAAGGAUGGCGCCUGGAAAUUUUGCAGCCUUUGGUUGGCACUGAAGUCACUGCUGGGGACCCAGCUACCCUUAGCUGUGUUUUAAGUGAAGCAGUGCCAGUCAGUGAAGUCGCCUGGUAUAUUAAUGACAUGGAUAUCCAACCAGACGAGAACUGGGAAAUACAGGCAGAUGGAGACAGCUACAAACUGAUCCUGAAGAAAGCCCAACCACAUCAUGCUGGAGAGGUGACUUUUGCUGCAAGGGAUGCAAUUACAUCAGCCACGUUAUCGGUAAUAGCCCUCCCUGAUCCCCCUGAAGAUCCAGAGAUUUUAAGUAAGAGCUGUCGCUCGGUAACUCUGUCCUGGUUCACACCGCUGAGUGAUGGUGGCUGUGGCAUCUUAGGCUACAAUGUUGAGAGGAAAACACCUGGUGGUGGCUGGCAGCAAUGCAACAAGGAACUUAUUCAAAACACAGAGUUUGUUGUGGACAAUCUCUCACCAGGCGAACCCUACAGAUUCCGCAUUUCAACUGUAAACAAAUUUGGUGCUGGUGAACCAGUGCAUUUACCUCAAACUGUGCAGCUAGAGCCUCCAUUUACAGUCACUCGUCCCUUAGUAGGCAAGUCGGUCUUGGAAGGGGAGGUGGCUGUCCUGGAGUGUGAAUUUUCAAGAGAGACCCAAGAGGCAAUCUGGGUCAAAGGAAAAGAACAACUACAGCAUGGAGGAAGAUACGAAAUCAAGUCUGAUGGCAAGAAGCAGAUGCUCAUUAUUCGUGCAUUUAAACCUGAAGACCAAGGAUUGUACACCUGCAUGAUCUCUCCCGAUACCAGAUCCUCUGCCCAUCUGUCUCUUGAAGGUACAAAAAUUCCCACAGUGGCACUGCCAAAAGAGGUAGCCCAGGAAGCACGUGAUGUGAUUCAACUUGAAGAGAUGGUGGAUGGACAGCUCCAGCCCAGCUUGCCGCCCGAAGCUGCUCAGGAGGGGGACCUUCACCUCCUCUGGGAGGCUAUUGCCAAGAAGCGAAGAAUGAGCAGGGAGCCAACCCUGGAUUCCAUCAGUGAAGUGCCAGAAGAGGAUGAUAAACUUCAUAAGCUGAAGAAGGAAGAAGUGGAGUCUCAUUAUUACUCAGAAGAAUACUCCACCUGUGAUGAGCUGGCUAAAAGUGGAGAAGCAGACUUCUCUUUCACGAGCUCAGAUGAUGAGUCUAGGGCUGGGACACCUUCACUAGUUAACUACCUUAAAAAGGCCGGAAAAUCUACUGUUAGCAUUGGUAGCAAGGUUCAGACGGUCUCCACCAGUAAAUUCUGGAAACACUGGGAGCAAUCGGGCAUCGAGACUACUGAGUCUGCUCUUCCUGCCAAGCCUGCUGAACCAGAAAUCAUGGAAGAUUUAGAUGAUCCUUCCAUGACCAAAGCAGCUGUGAAAAUUCAGGCUGCUUUCAAAGGGUAUAAGGUGAGGAAGGAGAUCAAACAGCAGGAAUGUCCCGUGUUUGGCGAUACCUUCAAAGAUUUUUGUGGUGAGCCAGGAGGCACUCUCCACCUUGAGUGUGUGGUUCUCAGCAAAACCGAUAUGAAGGUCCGUUGGCUGAAAGACGGUGAGGAACUUUCAGAUGGGCGCCACUAUCACAUAGACAAUUACAGUGAUGGAACUUGCUCCUUGAUUAUCACUGGCCUGGACAUGAAAGACACAGGAAAAUAUACCUGUGAGGCAUCUAAUAAGUUUGGCAAGGUUUCCCAGAGUGCUAAGGUGGUGGUUGGUACGCAGGCACCGGAUGCUCUUCGUAAGCACAAGCAAGUGAAACGCCUCACUGACAGCGAAACAGAGAGCUCUUCUGGCAGCGAACUGGAUGAUGCAUUCCGUAAAGCAGGAAGGAGGCUUCACAAACUCUUCAAGUCCAAGAUCUCAACGGAAAUGUCUGAUGUGGAGGAGGAGCUCUUUGUCAGUGCGGAUGAAGGGGAUGUGGAGGUGGUAGAUCAGCAGACGUAUCGUGAGGAUGAUCAGUACAUCUACAUCAAGUUUGAAAUCUUGGCAGAAGCAAAAACAGCAGCUGGCCGGUUCAGAGAGAUGUUUGCUGCGCUGGGUAUCCCAGUCGAGAUUGACAUCCUGGACCAAGGCCUUAAGAAAAUAGAGCUUCGCAUAGGGAAAGCAGCACCACCUGCUCCAGGGCAGAUUCAGCCCUUAGUGAAAAGACCUCCACCACCUUUACUGACUUCCGAUACAGCUCCCAUGUUCAUAACCGAGCUUCAAAACCAAGAGGUGCAAGAUGGCUACCCAGUCAGCUUUGACUGUGUUGUUAUUGGCAAACCCUUACCUACGGUGCGCUGGUUCAAGGAUGGGAAGGUUAUCGAAGAAGAUGACCAUUAUAUGAUCAACGAGGACCAGGAAGGGUGCCACCAACUGAUCAUCACCGCCGUGGUCCCUACUGACAUGGGAGUCUACCGCUGCCUUGCUGAAAACAACAUGGGAGUUUCUUCUAGCAAGGCGGAGCUGCGGGUGGACUUGACCAGUACUGAUUACGAUACAGCAGCAGACGCAACAGAGACAUCUUCAUAUUACAGUGCCAAAGGAUAUCUCUCAAGCCGAGAACAAGAGGGAGUAGAAUCCACCACAGAAGAGGAGCAGCUGCCUCAGAUCCUAGAUGAGCUCCAUGAUAUUCACGUGGCCCCUGGAGCACCUUUGGCUAGAUUUCACCUGACAGUCAAAGGGUACCCAGAACCUCGUCUUUACUGGUUCAAAGAUGGGCAACCGUUACAGGCCUCAGACCGAAUCCUGAAGAUUGAGAAUAAGCAAUUUCAUGCACUCGAAAUCCUCAAUGUCAUUAAGGAGGAUGCUGGUCAAUACUCAGUAUUUAUUAGCAACUCUGCAGGUUCUGCAUAUUCAUCGGCCAGUUUGGUUGUCAAAGGUCCUGGUGAGAAGGAAGAACUGCCAGAAACAGAUGCUCAAGAACAGCUGGUGCCACCCAGGUUCCUAGAGAGAUUUACCAAUAAAAGAGUGAGGAAAGGUGCAAGUAUCACCUUCUCUGUGAAGGUUGAAGGACAUCCAGCACCCACAAUUACCUGGUUGAAAGAAGAAUCUCAUGAAGAUGUUCUGUGGAUCAAACCAGAGACUCCUGGCUACAAACUCGCCAGUUCCAACAUGCAUCACAGUCUAAUCCUGCUGGAUGUUGGAAAGGAAUAUAGUGGAACCUACACUUGCAUUGCUACUAACAAGGCUGGACAAUCCAUCUGCACCGCUUCUCUAGAAGUUAUGGAUGUGAAAGAGGCAGAAGUUCUGACCCACGAGCGCAUGAUGGUGACAGAUGUUAUAAUGACCACGCUGGGGUAUGAAGACAAGGACAGAAAAGGACAUGGAGUUGGUAUCUCUAUCCACCCUCCUGAACCAAGGAAAGGAGAGCUUGUAGAAGGUCAGGCUGAUAAAGAAGGUGUGUCCAGGAGUCACAUUUCAUUAGCUGAUGUUGGAACAGAAGAAUUCCUCCAGAAACUCACCUCCCAUAUCACAGAAAUGGUGUCUGCAAAAAUAAGUCAGGCCACACUUCGAGUGCCUGGAGCAGACAGUGAUGACGAAUCUAAGACGCCAUCCCCAUCUCCACGCCAUGGCAGAUCUCGACCUUCGUCAAUUGUUCAGGAGUCUUCCUCUGAAUCUGAGGAUGGGGAUUCUAGAGGGGAGAUUUUUGACAUCUACAUGGUCACGGCUGACUACGUGCCCGUGGGAGCUGACAGGGAAGUCAUCACUCUGAAAGAAGGGCAGUAUGUGGAAGUCCUUGACUCUGCUCAUCCUCUAAAGUGGCUAGUCAGGACCAAACCCACUAAAUCCAGCCCCUCUCGGCAGGGUUGGGUGUCUCCGGCUUAUCUGGACAAGAAAUUAAAGUUGUCACCAGAAUGGGGCACAUCGGAAGCUCCCGAAUUCCCUGGAGACUCUGUUUCAGAAGACGAAUAUAAAAAGAAGCUGAGCCUCAUCAUUCAGGAACUGCUGAGCUCUGAGGAGGAGUUUGUCAAAGAUCUGCAGUUCCUCCAGACCCAUCACCUCCAGUACGUAGAGAGCUGCCCGGAUGUUCCAGAAACUGUUGCCAGUCAGAAAUCUACUAUCUUCAGAAAUGUCAGUGCUAUUGCGAGCUUCCAUUCCAAUUCCUUCUUUCCAGAGCUGCAGAAAUGUGACACUGAUGACGACGUGGCUAUGUGCUUCAUUAAGAAUGAGGAGGACUUUGAUAAGUACAUCCAGUACCUGGUGGGGCGGAUACAGGCCGAGUCUGUCAUUCUCAGCAAAGCCAUUCAGGAGUUCUACAAGAGGUAUACAGAAGAAAUAUUAGCCAGUGAGGAUCCUUCUCAGCCACCUAUACCUCCACUGCAGCACUAUUUAGAGAGACCCAUAAACAGGAUCCAGCAGUAUCAAAUUAUAAUCAAGGAAUUAAUCCGAAAUAAAGCAAGAAACAGCCAAAACUGUGCGCUGCUAGAGCAAGCUUAUGCCAUUGUGUCCGCGCUCACCCAGCGUGCAGAAAACAACCUCCAUAUCUCGCUCAUUGAGAACUAUCCAGGGACCCUGGAAAUUCUAGGAGAACCCAUCCGACAGGGUCACUUCAUAGUGUGGGAAGGAGCUCCGGGAGCCAGAAUUGCAUGGAAAGGUCACAACCGACAUGUCUUCCUCUUUAAGAAUUAUAUCCUGAUCUGCAAACCCAAGCGAGACACCAAGACAGACACCUACAGCUACAUCUUCAAGAACAUGAUGAAGCUAUCCCACAUAGAUGUGAAUGACCUGGUGGAAGGAGAUGACCGGGCAUUUGAGAUCUGGCAUGAGCGAGAAGACUCUGUCCGCAAGUACCUACUUCAAGCUCGUACGGUCAUCAUCAAGAACUCCUGGGUGAAGGAAAUCUGUGGUAUACAGCAACGUAUCAGCCUGCCUGUGUGGAUUCCUCCGUAUUUUGAGGAAGAACUGGCUGACUGUACAGCUGAGCUGGGCGAAACUGUCAAAUUGGCUUGCAAAGUAACAGGCGCUCCUAAGCCAGUAGUCGCUUGGUAUAAAGAUGGCAAACCAGUGGAGAUGGAUCCCCAUCACAUUAUAAUAGAAGAUCCUGAUGGUUCCUGCACAUUGAUCCUGGACACUCUGACGGGUAUUGACUCAGGACAGUACAUGUGCUUUGCCACCAGUCCGGCUGGUAAUGCCAGUACACUCGGAAAGAUCCUUGUUCAAGUGCCGCCGAGGUUUGUGAACAAGGUUAGAAAUGCUUAUUAUGUUGAAGAUGAAGAUGCUCAGUUUACCUGCAUCAUUGAAGGAGCACCUUAUCCUCAGAUCAGGUGGUAUAAAGAUGGUGCCCUGCUGACAGACAUCGAUAAAUACCAGACUUUCAGUGAGCCACGGAGCGGUGUGGUAGUCUUGGUGAUCAAAAAUGCUUCUAAGGAGGACAUAGGACACUAUGAAUGUGAACUGAUGAACAGAUUAGGCACAGCCAGGAGUGAAGCGGAUCUUUGCCAGCAGAGUGCAGCAUUACUGGCCCAGGAGAAGAGAGGAGACCAAGCCAUUACUAUAGAAGGAGAGGUCUCACCACAGUCAGAGCUGGAGAAUUCUGUCCAGGCCUCACUUGAACGUGCAGAUAAGGAGAUAAGGAUGGCCCUGAAGAAACUCGUGGAUUCCACAUCACUGCAUGUGACUCUUCCUCCAAGCAUGAGAGGAAAGGCUGGUGGCUUUGGCGUUCUUGAGUCCACAGCUUCAGAUACAGAAAAUAGACAUCCUGUGAUAGUUCAUGAAGUCAGCACGCAAACCCAAAGUGCUGGAGGUCAUGGCAAAGAGCAAGACAGCACUGGGAAAAUCCCGGAGGAGAAACUGAGUGAAACAAAGUCAAGCCCAACCACUUCGCAAAAAGAGACGACUGCUGGCGCUGCAGGAGGUCAGGAACGCACUAUUCCCAUUACCAGAACAUCAGCAGUCACGGAGGGAGCAGACUGGUGUAGAAGAGAAGGGGCAGACGUGGUCUGGGAUGUCCAGAGUCAAAUUUAUAUUGAGACCACAGAAAGAACCUGCGUUUAUAAAACAGAGGAGAAGAGCGCAGCAAGCCCGCCAUUUAUGCAAGUGACCAUUGAGGAUGUGCAGGUUCAGUCUGGGGAGCUUGCCAAAUUUCAUGCGGUUAUUGAAGGAAAUCCCCAGCCUACUGUUGCAUGGUAUAAGGAUAAUUCCUUGUUGGCCGACAGCAACAGGAUCCAUCAAGUGAAAGAAGGCACAACGUACUGUUUGAUCCUGGACAAAGCUUCCCCAGAAGAUGGUGGCAUCUAUACCUGCAUUGCCAAAAAUGCAGGAGGGGAGGUCUUGUGCAAAGCAGAGCUCGUUGUACAUGAGGCCAAGAAAGACCAAGUGACCAAGAAACAGAGCACCCGAAGAAAACUCCAUUCCUUCUAUGAGGUGAAGCAGGAGAUAGGGAGGGGCUCUUUCAGCUUUGUGAAACGGGUUGUGCACAAAGGGAACAGAGUCUCCUGUGCUGCCAAGUUCAUACCUCUGCGAAGCAAAACGAGAACCCAGUCCUACCAAGAGAGGGACAUCCUAGCCACGCUCUCCCAUGAUAAAAUUGCCCAGCUGCUGGAUGAAUUUGAAACAAGGAAAACCUUGGUUCUGAUUUUGGAGUUGUGCUCCAAUGAGGAGCUCUUGGACCGUUUAUUCAGGAAGAAUGUUGUUACUGAAGCAGAGGUCAAAUUAUACAUCAAGCAACUUUUGGAAGGACUCAGCUAUCUCCAUAACCAUAAUGUACUUCACUUGGAUAUUAAGCCUCCAAAUAUCCUGAUGGUUUAUCCUGAAAGAGAAGACAUUAAGAUCUGUGACUUCGGGUUUGCUCAAAAGAUAAAUCCAUCUGAGCCUCAGUACAGCAAAUACGGGUCUCCAGAGUUUGUCUCCCCAGAAAUUAUCUCUCAGUCACCGGUGUCAAAAGCAUCUGAUAUUUGGGCUGCUGGAGUCAUCAGCUAUUUAAGCUUAACCUGCAAGUCUCCAUUUGCUGGGGAAAAUGACAGAGCAACCCUUCUAAAUAUCCAGAAUGGGACAGUUUCAUGGACUAUCCCUGACUUUGUUCACCUAAGUGAAGAAGCGAAGGAUUUUAUCAGACAGAUCUUACAGCUCUCUCCUGAAGCCAGGCCUAGUGCUUUGGAAUGUCUCUCACACGACUGGUUCUUGUGUAAUCUCCCGCUAGAAGAAGCUCAUUUUAUUAACACAAAACAGCUGAAGUUCAUUGUGGCUCGAAGCAAGUGGCAGCGUUCCCUCAUGUGCUAUAAAUCUAUACUGGUAAUGAGAUCCAUUCCAGAAAUCCUACAGAGAACUCACAAAAACACAUCGCUGGGCAUCUCCCGACACCUGGUUGAAGAAAGUAGUUCUUCCACUACUACUGGCUCCUCUUCAGACAAUGAGAAUGCAUCCUUCCCCAGGAGAAGGCACUUUGGCUCCACACCAGAACUGCACUUGUCUGUGUUUGAUGCACCGAGUUAUCAAGAACCUCCAAGUUAUGCAUCAGAAGAGAAACAUUCCAAGGUCUUGGUGCCUCCAGUAAAACCCACGAGACGGAAAUAUGCUUUAGUGAAAAGUGAGCUGGGUGAUAAGUCACCUACAGAAAGCAAAGUACUAAUGGCAGGUGUCUUUGCUCAUAAAGCAGAGGCGGUCAGCUCAGAACUCAAAGAUGAAAGAGCAGAUCAGUCCCAAGAGCAUGAUGCAGAGCAGCCUUCAUUGGCGAAGGCAGCUACCUUAGAUACAUCGGACUUGACACUGCCAAAAGAAAAAACAGGCACGUUAUUACCUAACAAAGACAGAAUCGUAAAGGCUGGAGAUGUAAUGGAGAAACCACCUUUGUGUGUCCCCAGAGAGAGUGUCAUUAAAAGCACAUUCUACAGCCAAGCAUCUGAGGCUCCUACACGUCUACCUGUCUCACCGGGCAGAGACUACAGAAGGCACCUUGACAGAAAAAGAAGGGCCUUCAGGAAAUCAGGAUAUUUAAAGAUACCCUUGAGUGGUCUACGGGAACCCCUUCUAGAACAGUUUGAAUUGAAAGAAGAGGAGGAGGAGGAGGAGGAAGAAGAAGGAAUGUCUGGUGAUGAAGAAUAUGGAAAAAGCAGAGAAGGUGUGACAGGCCCUCUGACCAAAUCGGCUUCCUUUGAUACUGCUAGGAAACCGUCACGUCACACCUUCCAGGUGUCCAGCAGAAGCCGUUCACUGGAUGAUUACAGACUAAGAGCCAUAAAUUUAGCCAAGGAGCAAGACAUUCUGGAAGAAGACUGUGAUCUAACUUCACAGGGGAGUUAUGCAGGACUAGUUCACCAGCAUGGCAUAUCUACUGACUCUGGCAAGGUUUGGCCUGAGGAGCAUUCGGUGGAGGAGGACUCAAGGAAAGAUUGUUCAGAAGAACAGCCAGUCCCUUCUGCACAGUGUGGUGAUGAAGGAUGCCAGGGUCUAGCUGCUCAACCACAGAAGAUCCCAGUGUCAGCCCAUCAGGGUGAAAGUGAGGGGCAUUUACAUCAAAAGACAAAACUUUCCAUUGACAUUGAUGUGGAGCCGUCUGGUCUGGAAGGUGAAAGCCUGAUUCUAACUGCUCAGCACCCGGACACAGCCCCAGUGUCGGCUCACACACGUGAAAGUGAGGAGCAUUUAAAGCUGACGCCGAAGCCUAGUGGUGCAGAGUUUACACUUCUGCAGGGUGAAAGCUCCGUUUUGAUUGUUCCUGAAUCAGAGAGAGCCCCAGUAUCAGCCCAGGAGAGUGAAAGAAGAGAACAUGCACAUCAGCAGCCAAAGCCGUCUGUUCACAGUGCUACAGAGUCUGCUGAUCUACAGGGCGAAAGCCCAAUUAUCCUAGAGACGGCGCAAAUUCCAGCUUGUAAGAAUGAAAGCCCAAGUAUUUUAACAGCUCCACAACCAGAAACUGCUCCACUUUCAGUCUGCCAGGGUGAAACCCAGGGAUGCUUACAUCAGAAGCUUUCUGAUUACUUGGGCACAGCCUCCACUGGUCUGGAGGGCAAACAUCCAAUGAGUCUAACACCACCACCAGAAAGUGCCCCAGUUUCAGACUGUGACCGUGAAAGGCAGGAACGUUCCUGUCAGGCGCCUUCUGUUUACAUUAAGGUGGAGUCUGCUGUUCUCCAGGGUGAAAGCCUAUUUAUUCUCACAAUUCCACAACGAGAAACUGCCUCGCUUCCAGUCUAUGAGAGUGACAGCCAGCAACAGUCACCACAGGAGCCUUCAGUUUGCAGUGAGGUGAAAUCUGCGGACUCAGAGAGUGAAAGCCUAGCUAUUCUAGAGACUUCCUCUGUUUCACUUGGUGAGGGUGAAAGCCAGAAACAUUCACAUAAGAAGCCUUCUGUUUACAGCAAGGCAGAGUCUGCUGUCCUGGAGGACUUGGUUGAAGAGAUGGUUUGUCUGUCUGAAGAUAUGAAUGCUUUGGCAAAGUCCGUUUCUACUCAAGAGGGAUGUGAAAAGCACUUCUCCCCUCCAAAGGAGAUGUUCUACCAAGGUCCAGCUGACCACGCAGCUGCCGGACAUCCCACUCAUUUUGUGCCACAGAGUAAAAGAGAAGAGAGCAUUUACCGGGCUGAUCUUACAGAAUCAGCUGCACCAAUUCCUGCAGCGGAAGAUAAGUUGAGUAUGCCAGCCCUGUUGAGUGUAGUCACUGAGGAGGAAAAGGUGGCUUCUCAUGAAUGUGAACAUCUAGGGGAUUUAGCAAUCAAAAGCACUAGUUCCAGCAAAGCAAGCAUAUCCCCGUCUGAUAAUUCAGGUUCUGGAAAAAGAUCUAGUCAUAGCUCUGAUAGCAAGGAACCUGACAAACACUCUGAAGUUUCCUUAGUGAAGAUUAAAGACCUCUCAGAAGAGAUGCCUAGCAUUAGCAGUGGGACUUCAAAAUUUGAUAUAUCUGAGGUAGAGCCUGCGUAUUUGAACCUGUCGGAUCUCUACGACAUUGUAUAUUUUCCAUUUGAAUUUAUGAAUGUCAAGAAGCCGCCACCCAAACCAACCGGUAAAAGAUUUAUGCCCUUCGGUGAAAAGGUAAAAUUACCUCCUGCAACUAAAGAACAUUUGCAUCAGUAUAAAAGACUGUGCAUUAGAGAGGACAUUAAAUCCCCUGCAGAUAACUCACAAGAUGCCACGACAGGGGAAACCAGACAAAACCUAUUGAACAUUUCCAAAGAUGUAGGGCAGCCCCUUCAAAGGCUGGUGAAAGGGUCCGAGCCACCAAUGGGGAAAGGAGCUGAGGGCCAUGUGACAACUGAAUCCCAGCCAAUGUAUGGCUUCCAAAAGGACUCAGGUGGUAAGCAGAGAAGCUCCACACACAGCAAAUCAGGACUCUUUAAACCCUAUGGCAGAUCGCACUCAAUGGAGCAGUCAGUAGAGCAGACUCUGAAGAAGAAAGUAAAAGCUUCUGUUGCCCAUAUUUCAAGAAUCCUAAAAGGAAAGCCAGCCCCUGAACCGGAGCAAAGGGAAGCACCUUCUUUUGUAGAAGAGCUCACGGAUCAGGAUGUUGCCCUGGGGCAGGCUGUGACUCUGUCCUGCCAAACGUCUGCCCAUUUCCCUCUGCACGUUGACUGGUUCAGAGACGGGGUGCCCAUUCGCAGCAGCAGUAGGAUACUGAUCUCAGCCACACUCAAAAACUUUCAGCUUUUAACCAUAUUGGUGGUUACAGCCGAGGAUUUUGGUAUUUACACAUGUGCAGCCAGCAGCUCCCUGGGUACAGCAUCUACCUCUUGUGUCAUAAGGAAGGCAGAAGUUCUUGCUAGCCCCCCAGCCCCUGAUAUUGUGGAGGUGUAUGAGGAUGGAGUGCAAAUGGUCUGGAAACCUGUGGAAUCUAACACCGUGGUUACGUAUACUGUACAGUGCAAGAGCGAAGAUGGUGAAUGGAAGACCCUUGUUACUGACAUGGCUGAUUGCUGCUACUAUGCCAGCAAUCUCUCCAGGGGCUUGGUUUACUCCUUCCGGACGGCCUGCAUCAGUAAAGCAGGAAUGGGACCGUACAGCAGCCCAUCUGCCAAAGUAAAGAUUGGUGAAAAAGACCAAACAGCAUUUCAAUCUGCAAAGCAGACAUUCCCGGCUGCUACAGAGGGUGAAAGUGAAAUAAUGUCACCAACAGAGCCUUUUCCAACCCAGCAAACCUACGCCUUCCAAACAGAGAUCAAAAGGGGGCGUUUCAGCAUCGUCAGACAGUGCAGGGAAAAAUUAAGCGGAAAGGCGCAGGCUGCCAAAAUUAUCCCCUACCGGCAAGAAGACAAGCAGGCUGUGCUCCAGGAAUAUCAAAUCCUGAGGAAGCUUCAUCACACAAAUAUCGUUCAGCUGCAAGGAGCCUACGUGAGCCCACGGCACCUGGUGCUGAUCCUGGAAUUGUGCGUGGGGCCAGAGCUACUCCACUGUUUGGCUGAAAGGACAUCCUAUUCAGAGGUGGAGGUCAGAGACUAUCUAUGGCAGAUCCUCAGUGCAGUUGAGUUCCUCCACGCACACCACAUCCUGCACUUGGAUCUGCGGUCUGAAAACAUGAUAAUUACUGAACCCAACCUGCUUAAACUCCUGGACUUUGGGAAUGCGCAGUUCUACACGCCAGACAGAGUCAUUACCAUGGAUAGGUGCAUUGACUACGUAGAAACCAUGGCUCCAGAACUGCUGUCAGAGCAAGGAGCCCUCCCACAGACUGACAUCUGGGCUGUCGGCAUCACCGCUUUCAUCAUGCUGAGUGCCGACUACCCCCUCAGUUCUGAGGUGGCCUGUGACUUUCCGAGAAUCGCCAAGAAAGGGAAGGUGAAACUUACCAGAUGCUACGCGGGUCUGUCUGGGGGGGCCGUGGCAUUUCUUCAAAGCACGCUGUGCGCAAAUCCCUGGGGGAGGCCGUCGGUAUCGGAAUGCCUUCAGUUUCCAUGGCUCCAGGAGACGGGUUUGGAUGACAGACAGCAAGCGGUGGUCACUUUCUCCACCGCCAAGCUGAGGAGUUUCCUAGCAGAACGGGAGAAGAAAAGGAGCCUGCUAUGUUCAAAGUAUGGGCUGAUGGUUGCGCAGUGAAAUAGAUGGGAACACAGUGAAGAAUAGAUUCCCCCAUCCCACCCCGCAUGCCCCGACAAAUGUUUGCACUGGGGGUUUGUUACCUAAGUGUCAUUUCUGGUUACAGACCUGCUGCAGUAAACCAGUGACCCUGUCGCCUUAGAGAGAUUUGGGUGAGCAGGUCCCAUUAGACAUGAGUGAAUGGGAACUGGAUCGCUAGGUGGCUUUGAAAAUCCUUCCCUUAAAGUUCCAAGACAGCUCAUAAUACCGCUCAGUGACCUCCCCACAAGCUCCAGCAGCAGCGCAGAGAUACCAGACCCCCAGCCACUUCAUGAGCCUUUCAGACGUUGCUCCCUGCAAUAACAGCAGCCUCAGCUUCUCAGCCCCGGUGCUCACAUGAUACACAGAUCUUCUAGCCUGCCUCUCAAAACCAUACGGAGCCAGUAAAAGAUUUCCCUGGGAAUAUAGCACUGAGCUGGGGCUGGGGUAUAGGAGGCUGUUGAAUGAUAGUGAACCAGGAUGGAAUCAGAGUAUAUACAUCUUCACUGUUAAAAACAAAUCCAUUGUGUGGCUAUCAGAUGAAAUAUAGUGUGUGUGCGUGUGUGUGUGUGUGUCUUCUAGGCAGAGUUGUAGGUAACUGGAGCUAUAAAUAACAUUUGUCCAAUAGGGCAUCUGAUGUGUCUGUCCCAUAGUAGCCGGGGCUAAAGUUGACCGACACAAUCAGCAUGCACCAAAAGUGACUGGACCCAGUGUGUAACGUACCAUGGCCGUUUUCACCUGCGGCCACGCCAGUCAUCCGUGGGGACUGAACCCAAGACAAAACACAGGCCUCUGCCACUCACGCUGAAAGAGAAAUCUUUCCUCUGGAAGUAGCAGGCUGCUAAGCCAGCCACUAGAGGGAGGCACGAUCACACUCAGUACAGGAGCGUUAUAUGCACAAUCUGCACAUUACUGCAGACAAGACUGUAACUGGGACUCUCAUGGUACAUAGACAGUAACUGUCCCAGGUAAGCAGGCCAGAAGGAGCCAUGCUACGUUUGUGUCCAAUGGAAGUCAGUCUUGCAUGUACCUUGUACGACAGGAGAUACAAGAACAGCCAUUUGUGGCCAUCUUCCUGCUCAUGCAAGAGAAAAGGCACUGAUAGAGUCUUGCUUUUUCAAUGGAAGACUAAAUUAGCCCUCUGUAUGCUAGUCCUGUGGAUGGCCCAGAUCGUGCCAUCCCAGACACAAGCCAGUUUUUUCUGCUAUGUGCUAAUAGGGUGGCAGAAUGUAUAGCAUGUAUCAAUGAGGGGUCUACGCAUGCCCCUGUGCAUUGUAAUAUAUGCAGCAUUGACUAAAAUCCUCAAAGGAUUGAUACUUACUGUGGUGAUAACCACAGUGAAUAUGAUCUCUGGGACAUGUAUUUAAAGUCUCCAGUCUUUAUGAUCAGAGAGCAAAUAUAUCAGACAUCUAGUAACUUAAAGCAACCCUAACUUGCUUUAUCUGAACCUGCAGUCUUAAAAUGUAAAACACGCUGUUAGGAAUUCUAUGCUGAUUUUGCAGUACGCGGCCUUGAUAGAUUGAUAUGGGCUUCCGUAGGGUAGGUGGUCCCUGCGGGGAGAGAUUCGGCAGUCAGGAUUUUAGAGUGAGGCAUUCUCUCACAGGAAGGACUCAAAUGAGCACGCUCCAAAAGAAAACUUUUGUCCACACCUGGGAGAGACUGUUCUGAAGCUGCGAAGGGCCAUACUUUGGGCCUUGAGUGAGUGGUUCAUUGCAAUGAACUCGCUGUUCUGCCUGGCUUGCUGUCGAAAGUGACCUGUGCCUGCUACCUUUGUUGGCUGCACUGUUCUGUGACUGUGGGUACAAAGGAAACACCCACUCAUUGGGUGACAUUCGUAGGAACAGCUCUGCCCCUGGACAGAUCCUGGACAGUUCCACAGAUGCUCGGAGAUGUAAUAAACCCAGGACUUUGCAGUGAUGACGUUAGGGUAAUUUUUCCUUAAUGCCUACUGUAGCCUUUUUAAUCAGCCACACACAACACACGCCUUUUCACUGAAGCAAUCAAAAUAGCACAAUGUUUUCCAUUUUGAUCCUUCUACACAGCAAAGAUCACUUAUGCUUGACAGUUUGUUAGCAGUGCUUGCCUGCUGCUGGCUAUUCCAGGUAUGUCCAGGUGUAAUGCACCUGCCAUGCCGCUGAAUGUACGAGACACAUCCAGGCAGAAUGUGCCUGUUAUGCUGCAGAGAAUUCUGGGAAUAUCUAGUGGAGCACAGCUGUUGAAUGUGCUUGGUAUAUCUAGGUAGAACACACCUGCUGAGCUGCUGAAUGUGCUAGGUGCAGCUAGGUAGAAAACACUUGCGGUGCUGCUGAAUGUAUCAGAUGUGUCUAGUUAGAAUGUGCCUGUUAUGCUGCUGAAUGUGCUGGGUGUCUCUAGGUAGACCACGCCUAUUAUGCUGCUGAAUGUAUUGGGUGUAUCUAGGUGGAACACCCCUCCAUGCUGAUGAAUGUUCUAGGUGUAUCUAGAUGGAACACCCUCAUGCUGCUGAAUGUUCUAGGUGUAUCUAAGUGGAACACACCACAGUUCUGCUGAGUCCAUGCCAACUCUUCCAUUAUGAAAGAUGUUAAUAGAAAAUCAUCAGCUCAGCAGGUGCACUGUAAUACCAGUAUCGCAUGGGGUUAACCCCUGCUUUAACUUAGGAUCCUGUUGAUACUAGCUGUACAGCAGUCAAAGGCACAUGAAGCAACAAAGACCUUGACCUCAUUAAGCACAGCAUUUGUCUAAAGGCAUUCUGCCACUUGGACGCCUGGGCUGUUGAUUUGUAGAUCUUCUGAUAUAUUUGGGAGAUUUGGGAACAGAGUUACUGGAAAAUGUAUUUCAGUUUGAUUUCUAAAUAGAGGCCGCAACAUCCUGGAGCUUAGUGUCUUCCAUUGUGUCUAAAAACUGUUGUGGAUUAUUUUCAUUUACAUUUGAUGGUCUUAGCAUUGUAUUUCUUUUGUGAAUAUAAUCUCUGCAUUUAUGUGAAAUGACUUAUGUAUCUAUUGGUUCUGGAGUGGUCAGUUUAUUGCACCAAAUAUCAUUUUGUGACUUUCAUUACAAACAAUGUUUUGCUCAUAGUUCUGUAUCCAGAAGCAUUAAUGGGGAUGGGAGAGGGAAAUCAGUUCCUAACGUGCUACCGUUUCAUAAGAUCGUGAAAGACUGAUAGUGUUUAAAUGGUGACAGCCUUUCCAGACAUGUUUAAUGCACGUUGGUAAGAUCCUAAAAUGCAUAGCACUAAGGGCAAUUUGUGAAGGGAAAACCCAUUUAAGAGUACGAUUUUUAAUGUGGGUUAACAAAUAUCAAGACCUGAGCUCAUAUCCCCUUUCUCUUUCUUAUGCAAUUCAAAUUAACUGAGUUUGCUUCUCUAAUUUGCAUGCGUUUUGAACAUGUCAGAAGUCUUUUGUGCACUCAAUACUGUUUUGUUAAAUAAACUAUUUUGACAAA